AUGUUCAGCAUUUGGAGAACCUUCAACAACGUUGUCUUCUACCUCACGCUGCUUGUGGGCAUUGGGGGCUUGGUGGGGAACGGGCUGCUCCUCUGGCAGUUGGGGUUCCACAUCAAGAAGGGUCCCUUCAAUGUCUACGUGCUCAACCUGGCCGCAGCUGACUUCCUGUUCCUGGGCUGCCAGCUGGCCUUCACUGCCGUCCAGGAGGCCCUGGGAUCUGACAAGCUCUACUUGGCAAUCACCUUCCUCUGGUUCGCGACGGGGCUCUGGUUGUUGGCAGUCCUGGGAGCUGAGCGCUGCAUCUCCGACAUCUUCCCCAGCUGCCACCAGCGCUGCCGGCCCCGACACACCUCGGCUGGGCUCUGCGCGCUGGUCUGGGCGCUGACCCUGCCCGCCGUGCUGCUGCCCGCCCGCGCCUGUGGCCUGCUUCGAGAUGGCACUCGCUUUCUGACCUGCAUCCGGUACCAGGCGACCAGCGCCACCUGGCUGCUGGCCCUGGUCGGUACAGCCUGCGGGUCGGGCCUCAUCCUGUUCGUGUGGGUCAGCUGCUGCUCCCAGCGCCCCCGGCCACGCUUCUAUGGCCUGGUUCUGGCCUGCACGCUGCUGCUACUCCUGUGUGGGCUGCCCUUUGUCCUCUACUGGAUCCUGCAGCCGCUGCUCAGCUUCCUGCUGUCCAUGUUCCUGCCCAUUGCCACCCUGCUGGCCUGCGUCCACUGUGGCGCCAAGCCCCUGGUCUACUACGUGCUGGGCCGACAACCCGGAAAGCGAGAGUCCCUGAGGGCCAUCUUCCAGAAGGCACUAGGCGAGGUGGACGAGCGGGGCCCUGCGGGGCUGUCCCUGCCCAUGGUCCAUAUUACUGACAGCGGCCACCAGGAGGCGCUGCGGCUCCACAAAACCGCCUCAGGGCUGAGAGAGCCGCCCACAGACCCUCUGCUCAUUCACAGCCCCCAGGCUCUCCGGAGGCUGCCUGUGGGAGCCCAGGACUCAGCCCCCUUCGGAACUGGCUGGCUGUUCAUCCCACCAGGGGCCCCAGAGGACACGAGAGGAUUUAGGGCCGAGGAGCCCUGGCUGUUUCCUGAGCUGAAGGAUAUUGAGCGGGGCUGCAGCCAAGAGCACCUCAGACAGGAAGGGGUGUCAGCAGACCACACCCAGUCCCCUCAGCCCCCACCAUUGACCCUGGACGGCCCAGCCCCUCAGGCCCUUCCCCUGCAUGACCCUGAGCAGGCCUUUACCCAGACCUUGAAUAAAGUAGACCUCAACCCAUCUCCCAAGCCAGACAAUGGUUCCCAGGCCCCAGCCCUCAGUGAGGAAGACAAAGACUGCAACCUCAUCAUCCGGAGCCUUGGGAACAGGGUUGUCCUGGGGUUGCUCCAACGGGACCCAAGAAAACUUGGUCAUCUACACGCAGUGAAUUUUGCCCUCAGUAUCUCCCAGGCCAGCCUGGCAUCUCAGCAGUGGUCCAGUAUCCUGGUGGCCUGCGUCUGCUGGCAGCCAUCGACGUGGACCACCGGCUACCUGUGUAUGCACAGGGAAAGGGACCCUCAGACUGCAUUGCCUCUGGACGUCAGCAGGGGCCUGAAUUCAGCUGGACAGAAGCCCAACAUGCCCCUGUUCCAGGUGCUGAGGGUGACCAUGACCCCAAUGUGCUGA